UGGAGAAGUUUGGUAUCAUCUCAUCUUUGUCGCUCAGCUGGACUCAAGGAUGAUGCUCAAGAAAGUCAGAUUCAAGGAUCUUCAUGUGUCUCAGGGCGCCGUGGACAGCUCAGUGGACAUGGACCGCCUGAACAUGAACAUGCCGGAGUGCGGACGGCAAACCCACCAGGUGUUACAGAGCACUCCUCUGGACCUGAUUGAGAGCGGAAAGGGGCUGAAGUUCCAGGCAGAGCGCCCCCACCUGGUCAGUCUGGGUAGUGGACGCCUGAGCACCGCCAUCACCCUGCUGCCCCUCCCCGAGGGACGGACCACUCUGGGUCACGGCCUGGUGGACGUCAACAUCCAGGGCCCCGGAGUGGCGGCCCAGCACUGCUUCAUAGAGAACAGGUCGGGGGUCAUCACGCUGCAGCCGUGUGGGAACGUCUGCGCCAUCGACGGGCUCCGGAUUACGCAACCGGUCCGACUGUCACAAGGCUGCAUGCUGUGUUUUGGCCAGUCAGCCUUCUUCCGCUUCAACCACCCUGAAGAGGCCUUCAGGAUGAAGAGCAUGAUGCCUCAGGGAGGAGGCGGGGACUACAGACUACGUCCAGACACGGAGAGCUUCGUCAAUGGGAAUCACCAGACCGGUCCGGCCCAGUCUCCCCCGGCUCCUGGAGCGACCAGAGUCCAGUCCGAGCACAGUGCGAUCGUCAGCUCCAUUGAGAAGGACCUCCAGGACAUCAUGGACUCUCUGGUGAUGGACGACCCCCAGCCGUCUUCCUCGGAGGGCAUAAAGCCUCCCGGGGGCCAACCCAUUCCCCACUCUCCAUUGUCGCCAAUGCUCAAUGGCGGGGGCCGCCGCUAUCUGCUGUCCCCUCCCACCAGCCCCGGGGCCAUGUCGGUCGGGUCCAGCUACGAGAACACAUCCCCCCCGUUCUCCCCACUGUCCUCCCCCUCGGCGGCCAGCAGUGGGAGCUUCACAACCCCGUCUCCCAGCGGACCCCAGGACCAGAGUUCCUCUCUGCCGCCAGUGCCUGUACGCUCCUCUAGCUACAACUUCACCGCCCAGCCUCCGCCCGUGCCCCAGCCGCGGACCAUACUGCCCAACUUCAGCGGCGGUGGGGCGGGCCAGAAGGUCCAGGAGAGCCCCAGGCUGCAGAGGAAGGUCUUAAAAGAGGCCCCUCCGAGCCCUAAACCGGGCCGCAGAGGCCUGGGCCAAGAGGGCUUUCUGUCCUCUAAUGAAUCUCUGAGUGGUAGAAACAUUGUGCCAAGUAGCCCCAGACUCACCCCCAAAUUCCCCACCAGUCCAUCCCCGUCCCCCUCCAGUCCCAGGACCAAGACCGCCGCGGUGCUCCAGGACAGGCCCGCCAGCCCCUUCAGAGAGCAGACCAGUCUAGCCGAUUGCAUCUCCAGGCAGCUUUCCCAGCCGGCCAGGGCCUUCCAGCCUCCCUUGGACCCCAUCGUCCACAUCAUCCAAGGGUCGCCGCUCCAGCAGCAUCCCCGUUCGCUGCAGCCCCCCGAGAGCCCUCGCAUGGCCAGGAGGAACAUGGAGCUCAACGGCGGUGGCGGAGGGGGCAGCAGUAUGAGGGAGCUGCCGCCUCUUAGCCCCUCUAUGGCUCGGAGAGGGGUCCCGGUGCUCCCUGGGGCUCUCCCGGGGACUAUCCCCACGAUGAGGACUCCGGAAAGCCCCUCAAGUCUGGGCAAGCUUAUCCCAGAGAGCCCCAGGCUCCGACGCAGGACGGGAUCCACGUCCGAGGAGUCCACCUGCAGCAGAGGGAUCCGAGCCCGCAGUCCGUCGCCGACCUCCAUGAUGAUGGAUGGCGGCGGUGGUGGUGGUGGUGGUGGUGGAGUACGCAAGGCGAGCUUUGGGAACUCCCUGUCGCCGGCUUACAGUCUGGGCUCCCUGCCCGGCUUCCCCGUGUCGAGCCCCAGGAGCCACAGGAAGAUGUCCUCGGGGAGACCCCACCCGGGGAUGAGGGAGAGGAAGAACAGCAUCUCUGAGAUCAGCGACAACGAGGACGAGCUGCUGGAGUACCACCGCCGACAGCGAGAGGAGAGGCUGAGAGAGCAGGAGAUGGAGAGACUGGAGAGACAGCGACUGGAGACCAUCCUGAACCUCUGUGCCGAGUACAACAAAGGAGAGGGUACCGGUCUGGACCCUCUGGUCUCGGGGAGGACGGGUUUCCCCGGCGGGCUGAUGGACGGCUCGGCCCGGAGACCUUCUCUGGAGAACGUCCUCGGAGGGACGGCGUCCUCGGCCGCGAUGCGCCUCCUGCAGAGACAGAGGGAGAGCGACGAGGAGAACCUGAAGGAGGAGUGCAGCAGCACGGAGAGCACCCAUCAGGAGGUGAGGACGCCGCCCGCUAUCCGCACGCCGGCGGCGCUGCACAACGGAGACAGACAGCACGAGGACUCGUCCGGUUCGGGCGGCGCCGGUCAUCUGGAGCUGAACUACCUGGAAGAUGAGCGGGUUCGAGUCCUCGCUCGGAUCGAUGAGCUGAAAAGCCGGCUGACGGAGCUGGAGCAACAACUCCAGGAGUCCAAACAAGAGGCGGAGAUGGAACGUGCCUUGCUGCAGGGCGAGAGGCAGGCGGAGCUGGACCAGAUCGAGGCUGAAAUGGACAUCGUCAACCAGCUGCAGCACAAACUGGACGAGCUGGAGAGCGCCAUCCAGAGGGAGAAAGACAAGGAGAGGGCUAAUGUUGAGGCCGAGCGCCGGGCCCUGCAGAGCCUCCAGGAGGGCUACGCUGAGUUGGAGAACCAGCUCCAUAACUGUCCCGAGUCCCUGCGGGAACAGUUGCAGGAACAGCUCAAAAGGGACGGAGAGGCGUUGGAAACAGGAACCAAAAAGUUUGAGGACUUGGAGUUCCAGCAGCUGGAGAGAGAGAGCAGCCUGGAGGAGGAGAGAGAGACCAUCAGUCAGCAGCUGCUGCAGGAGAGAGCCGAGUACCACGGCAGCGUGGCCAACAGGAAGGAGAAGGUGUCUGCUCUGGAGAACCAGGCCCACCAGCUCGGCCUGCAGGCCUCUCAGGAGUGCGAGCGUCUGGCCAAAGAUCGGACCCUCACACUGCAGAUGCUCCAAAAGGAGAAGGAGAGGCUGUCGGCCCUGGAGAAGAGAUACCACGGCCUGACGGGUGGGAAGAGCUUCCCCAAGUCCUCCAGCGCCAUGAGAGAGGUGUUCCGCUCUAAGCUGGACAGUGAUCCAGGUCUGUCCCUCCAUCAGCCCCGGUCUGGCUCCGCCUCCCCUCUGCAGCACGGAGCUGCAACGCUGGGACGCAACGCCAGCUCCAAGAGCCCCCUGCUGGUGGCCAACAGCACCGGCAGUCUGCCCAGGAACCUGGCUGCAACGCUGCAGGACAUCGAGACCAAGAGACAGAUCGCUCUGCAGCAGAAAGGUCAGCAGGUGAUCGAUGAGCAGCGCCGCCGUCUGGCCGAGCUCAAACAGCGAGCGGCGGUGGAGGCCCAGUGCCAGUGGGAGGCGCUCCACGGCUCCCAGUCCCACCUGGUGACCUCGGCCUCCUCGUCGCCCUCCUACUCCCCCCUCAUGGUCUACGGACACGGAUCGGGGGGCCCCCCUCCUCUGGUCCACCACUCCAUCCUGCACCACCACCCGCCGUCGGCCGGCGAGCAGCCCUACGACACGCUGAGCCUGGAGAGCUCCGACAGCAUGGACACCAGCGUGUCCACGGGGAACAACUCGGCCUGCUCGCCCGACAACAUGUCCAGUUUCGGAGGAGCGGACGCCAUGAAGAUCGAGGAGAUGGAGAAGAUGCUGAAGGAGGCGCAGCAGGAGAAAGCCAGACUUAUUGAAUCGAGGGAGCGAGAGAGCCACGCUCGCCGUCAGCUGCUGGAGGAGGAGAGGAGGAGGAGGGAGGAGGCGGAGAAGAGGCUGCAGGAUGAGACCUUCCACCGUCAGCAGCUGGUGGAGAAGGAGGUCAAGAUGAGGGCCAAGAACUUCUCUCAGGCCCGUCCUAUGACUCGCUACCUUCCCAUCAGGAAGGAGGAGUUCGACCUUCGCUCCCACGUGGAGACGUCGGGUCACAGCGUGGAGACCUGCUACCACGUCAUCCUCACAGAGAAGAUGUGUAAGGGCUACCUGGUGAAGAUGGGCGGGAAGAUCAAGUCCUGGAAGAAACGCUGGUUCGUCUUCGACCGCCUCAAGAGGACCUUCUCCUACUACGUCGACAAACACGAGACCAAGCUGAAGGGUGUGAUCUACUUCCAGGCGAUAGAGGAGGUCUACUACGAUCACCUCCGCAGUGCCACAAAGAGCCCGAACCCCUCGCUGACCUUCUGCGUGAAGACCCACGACCGUCUCUACUACAUGGUGGCGCCCGCCGCCGACGCCAUGAGGAUCUGGAUGGACGUGAUCGUGACGGGGGCGGAGGGAUACACGCAGUUCAUGAACUGACGGACUCGUUGACAGAGAACCCGACAGGUGACGAGCAGACAGAUUUAUCCGGCAGGGACUGUUUCCUGUUUUCUCCGUUCCUCAGCGGACACACGGCGCCUUGUUUGUUACGUUAAAUUUUUAUUUUUUAAAUCUCUCACACUUUGAUUUUACUAUGUAGAUGUUUUCACCUCCACAUUUUCUACGUGAUUGAGUUUGGGAUUGAAAAAGGGAGGAAACACAAACACACACAUCUGUAUAUAAACCAAAAUGUAUACCUGUCAAAGACUUUUAAAAAGCCUUUCUAUAUUGCCAAAUGGAGAUCUUUUAGUCACUGUUUGUUGAACCUUUUGUAUUAUUUGUUUCCUUUCUUUCUUUUUUUACUUAUAGAGAAAAUUGCCAAAUGACAUAAUGCCAAUGUUUUGUUUUGAGUGUUCCAUCACGACAGUUUAGACAGAAAGAGUUUCAAUCAAAGGGUUGUACAAUUUAAAAUAUAUUUGAUGAUCAUAUUCAUAAUGUGUGAUAAUAGAAACAAUAGAAAAAGAGUCCAUCACGCUGGUCUGUAACAGUGAAACACAUUGAAGUCCACAUGUCUCUUCAGCUCAGUGCUGCUCUGAGACUGAACACUAAACCAGUUAUCCCGAGCUACGUCAUAGAAACAUUACACUCACAUCGGCCUACCAAAGUAAUUCGAGGUGUUUUGUUCAGACUCGUUAAGACAAACUACAGCUCAGGAGUUCACUCUGCAGAUCUCACUGUGGUUCGACCAAUACGGAGUUUGUAAGACAGUUAGCUUAGCAUAAAGACUGGAACCAGCUUGCCUGAAACUGUCCAAAGGUUCAAAUAUCUGCAGCACCUCUGAAGCUUUCUAAUGAAAAAUGUGUUUAAACAAAGAAACAAAAUGUAAAAAGUUGCUGCUUUUGUUGGGCCAGUGACUUUUACCACCGCUUCCAUCCUUUAUGCUAAGCUAAGCUAACAGUCUCAUGGUUCUAGUUUCAUUCUGUUAGCUCCAGCUGCUUUCUUGCCAAGACGUAGACGAGGAGGUUGAAACCACAUUUUACUCAUUUGUUAGUGGUUCAGCAAGUAGUCAUUUGCUGGGACCAAUGACUUUUACCACAGCUUCCAGUCUCUAUGCUAAGCUAAGCUAACAGUCCCCUGGCUCUAGCUUAUUGCCCAGUGUAUUGGUCUGACCAUAGCGUGCACAUUCUCAAUCCUCGUGAAUUUGUUUAUGACUGCUCAUCCACGUUGUGCUCCGUGUUAACUUAAAGCAUAAAAGCUCAUCUAUUAGCCAAGUGGCUAACUUAAUAAUGCGCCUACUGGUGCCAUCGUCGCUGCCAGCCUAAAGCAGCAGACCACCACUAGAGAGCGCUACAGAGACCACACCAACACAGGAUGGACAAUACGGACAAUUCUGAACUGUGCCUUGACUUUGUGUUGAUCUUGAUGCCACGUCUGUGAGGCUACAAGGGUGUGAAUGCAUUUCAUUUAGUUAAUCUGAGCUGUUCUAGCAGCGUGGAGAGGUCUGCAUGAGGGGGGGGGGCCUGAGCACAGUGGGGAUCAGCUAGUUCAGUCCUUAAUUUAGUUAAAGUAAUAUAAAUUAGAUGUGCAAAAUACUCUAAAUGUGCAAAAUAUGAAGUACAUUAAUGUUGAGGUGAAUUAUCGAGCCCUACUAAAGCUGCGUUAGCCCGUAAUGAACUGAUUUUGCUGUAAUGUAAUGGCAAUAAUACAGAUAAAAAAAGGAUGCUGAAAUAACUCCAUAACACAGAUUAGUAAAAAGUCUGAAUUUAUGUUUUUUCACGUCUGGAGUUUGGCUCUAUCAGCGCUAGGCUAUGCUAACAAUGUAGCAGCUGCAUUAACACACACAAUAACGACACAGAGUUAAGGGAAUUUCUCCUAUAAGUAGUACUAGAAAUAUUAAUAUUUGAAUUUAAGAUACUAGAAAUAUUUAUAUUUCAAUUUGAGCGAAAAUGUGAGUGACGUAAAUUGUGCGUAGUCACGUCUGUCCGGCUGCUUAGAUUAGCUGUAAAAAAUGAAAAGUGGGGAAAUGAAGCCACAAACCCUUAAGAUUGGUUUUAUAUAUAGAUAGAUAUAUUUUUAGUAUUAAUUAUUGAUUGUAGUUUGCCUUAUUAUAAAAAAAAAAGUCUGUUUAGUAAACUUUUAAUUGAAUAACAUGACAGACUCAGUGAUCAUGUUGAAUCCCCACUGUGAGCCCAGGCUAAACGUAUAACUUCAGCUUUAACUGACCCCAACCAAGCCGAGCUGGCCUGCAGCGGCGUAGAGGAUCGAUCGGGCCGUGAUGGUGGCGGUCUGUAGGUAACAGACGGACGCUGUCGUCUGUUUUUCUGUAGAAGCGGAGGACAAACUACGCUGUGAUGUUCUGAGCAUGUGGAACUGUGUUUUAGUUUCAUGUGUUGCUACUGUUAUGGUUAUUUAUGGUUGUGGUGCCUGAGAUAGUGACACGUUUACUUCUAAAAAAAGAAAUAAGAAGACUAGUGAAAAGACCUUAAUAUAUUCUGUCCCCCUUGCCUUUACUCUCCCCGCACAGCUAACAUGUGCAAACCAAACUAUUCAACACCGGCAAGGCUGUUAAAUCACGUGUGUUGAUAGUAGCUGGUUAAAUACGUUCUGUGUCGAAUCUGUGUUGAAAAGAAAGGAAGCUAAAUAUACUGUAAAGAGGAUGCCUGAAUGAAAAAAAUAAUAAUUGUAUAAUGGAAAUGAAACAGUAUUGUAUGAAAAGAAGUACAGUUUUUACUUAUUUUUGUCAUUUUAGAAUUUUUAUUGUCAGUCAGUUACAUUUCAUAUUGUAUGGUAGUGAUGUAUCGAUCUGCCUUUUUCUUUGUUUUUAAAACUGGUACAGCAGAACACACGUCUGCACACAAACACAGAUUAACUCACCUAGCACUCAUGGGGUUUUUCUAGAAAGUAGUUCCUGUUUCACACACACACACACACACACACACACAUUCAAUCAAUACUCGGACCAUACUGUGUUAUUGGUACCCUGUACGUCUCAUGCGUUGACUUCACGUAUGAAUUAUAUGGAUUUUGUCAAAUCUAUUAAAAAAAUACAGAACUGUUACAGAAUAUUGUCUGUUUUUUCUUAAACGCAGCAGGUUGUGAAGAGAAGGUUCCAGUGUUGAGGAGAGACAGCAGUAUCUACAGAGAGCUGAUUGAUUAUUGGUUCAUUAGGAGCCGACUGGAACAGCAAAGAGAGCGUAUAGAACAAAAACAAUCAAAAUACUAAAAUCAGAAAACUCAAAAUUUGUUCCUAAAAAGUGGAAUUCAAACACAAUGAAAGACAGCUGGGAAAAAAAGUUUUAAAAAAGAGUAAAAACAAAUAAACGGUCUAAGAAAAAAAAAAA